UAGAUUAAUGAAAAACAUUUUCGUGUUUAACUUGUUUCAGAGGCGUGUGUCGGGUGACAUAAAUUUUAUCAGAAACUGGAGCGACUACAAAAAUGGUUUUGGAUCUUUGGCUGGAGACUAUUGGCUGGGAAAUGACUGGAUCUCAAACCUCACACAAAACGGCUACAGUGAACUGAGGUUUGACAUGAAAUAUAAAGGUAAAUCCUACUACAUGGUGUACAGUAAUGUGACGGUGGGAAAUGAAGCAAAUUUGUAUAAGAUAAUGUUUACAUACAAGACAGGCAACGCUGCAGAUGACUUUACUUGGCACAAUGGAAUGGCUUUUACCACUGUAGAUAGGGACAAUGAUGUAAACUCUUAUAACUGUGCUGAGAAAUGGAAAGGCGGCUGGUGGUAUGGCAGAGAUUGCUAUCGUGUGAACGUAAACGGUGUAUGGGCAAGUAAAACUUUUGGUGAAGGGAUUAUCUGGUACAGUAUAUCAACAUAUGAUAAUUCACUUGAGCACCUUGAGAUGAAACUACGACGGCCGUGAUUAUUAAAAUAUAACACGAAUAAUAAUAUAUUUUGCCGAUUUUUACACAUACAGCUUUACAUUUAUGAAGACAUACAUUUUUAUACAAUAAAAACUAUUUCUUAGUGUUUGUAUUGAAAUUUAAAUUGCGAUUAAACAAACAACAAAACCGCAUCCCUUAAAAAUUAACGUUCAGUCCACUGCUGAAUUAAAUUUCUGUUGACUAG